GGACGACUCCAAGACCCAAGAAGAAGGUCUUGCUGCAGAUGCAGAGCUUGCCAAAGCCAUCAUGGCUCGGCAUUUCCGCCCAUCUCUCAUUGUCACAGAGGCCUGGGAGGGCUACACUUUUGCUGACUUGGAGAUUCGCAUCAAGGAAUCCACAGACAUCUAUGGGGCUGUGCUCUGGCCCUCGGCUCUGGUGCUGUGCCAUUUCUUGGACACCAACCGUGACAAGUACAACCUGACAGACAAAAAUGUGAUCGAACUGGGCGCUGGAACUGGGCUGGUCACCAUAGUAUCCAGUCUGUUAGGUGCAAUGGUAACAUCCACUGACCUGCCAGAUGUGUUGGGGAACCUCAAGUACAAUGUUCUCCGUAAUACUAGAGGGCGCUGCAAGUACACCCCUGUGGUCACUGAGCUCACCUGGGGCCAGGAGCUGGAGCAGCGAUUCCCUCGGGCCACCCAUUGUUUUGACUACAUCCUAGCAGCUGACGUGGUCUACGCCCACCCUUACCUGGAAGAGCUGAUGGACACCUUUGACCAUCUGUGCCAGGACAGCACGCAGAUCUUGUGGGCCAUGCGCUUCCGUUUGGACCCAGAGAACAGUUUUGUGGAGCGCUUCCAGAAACGCUUCCACCUAGAGGAGCUGUAUGAUCUUCCCAGUCUCAGUAUCAAACUGUACCGAGGCUGGAGGAAGCAGAAGUGGACCAUGCCCAGCUCAGGAGAGGCUGCUGCCUAAACUGCUGACGGCUUACCUGUUUGAUGACUCUGCUUGUAUUUGCAACUGUAGUAACAUAU